UGCACCUCAUUAUUUGUAUUCCCUCCGCCCUCCCGGUCUCCCCAGCAUCUCUCCUCCCCCGCCUGGCUCUGGCCUCCCCCCCUGCCUCCCCAUCUUAAGCUCAGACUCCUCCCUCUAGCUCCUCUCCCCUCCCCUCCGCCUCACUCCACUCCCUGCCUGCAUGCCAGGGUUUCUUUCCACUGUGGGGGUCUCUAAGCCUCCCAUUCCCCUCUCCACCUACCUUCCUCCUCACCUCAGGGAUAGCGAGCCCUCAUUUUUUUAUGCCAGGGCGUCCUCUCUCUCUCACACACACACACACCCCAUUGCCACUGACUCUUCUCCCCACCCUCUGCUCUUCUCCCGGCUCCUCUCUGUCCCUUUAAAUCUGCCUGGCCCAGCCUCCCCCUUGAUGCCGGGUUUGGAGCAAACAUUGAUUUGUGCUGGGAUGGAAUUGGAAUUUUGAUUUUUUUUUUUUUCCUCUCCCAACCAUAAGAAGGAAAAAAAAUAAAACACCCCCUCUUCAUAGCCCCCUCCUCGCUCCCAUCCAGCUCCCAGCUCCUCUUCGCUGUCUCAGUUUUAGGCAGAUUUUCCCCCCUCCACUUAUUCUCAUCCCCCUCCACCCUGCCACUACCUCACCCCCCAUACUAGCCUGCACCUUCAGCCGAGGAAGCGAGGGGACUCUGCCAUACUUCCCCCACCGCCUUCUCUGGGCUGUAGCGGUCUCUCCGGAAGAGAGAGGGGGGCUUGGCUUGUCCGGGUGAGGUGUGAGUGGAGGGACCCUGCCAUGAAGACGGCGUCCGGGAGGCGGCCUGAGCCCCAGCCCACAUGCCACUCAGGAUGAGGGUCCGGCCCUGCCUGCCCGCGCUGGGGCCCCUCCGCCCAGCCCCGGUCUAACUGCCCCCGCCCCCAGGCCUCGCCCGGCCCCCAGGCCCCCAGCAGGCUCUCCAGCCCCAGGAUGCGCUGAGCCGCUGGGGGGCUGAGGCCGCGCCAACUACAUGCAUGUCCCCCGGGGGCAAGUUCGACUUUGACGACGGGGGCUGCUACGUGGGGGGCUGGGAGGCGGGGCGGGCACAUGGCUACGGCGUGUGCACGGGGCCCGGCGCCCAGGGAGAGUACAGCGGCUGCUGGGCGCACGGCUUCGAGUCGCUGGGUGUCUUCACGGGGCCCGGCGGACACAGCUACCAGGGCCACUGGCAGCAGGGCAAGCGCGAAGGGCUGGGCGUGGAGCGCAAGAGCCGCUGGACCUACCGCGGCGAGUGGCUGGGCGGGCUGAAGGGGCGCAGCGGCGUGUGGGAGAGCGUGUCCGGCCUGCGCUACGCCGGGCUCUGGAAGGACGGCUUCCAGGACGGCUACGGCACCGAGACCUACUCCGACGGAGGCACCUACCAAGGCCAGUGGCAGGCCGGGAAACGCCACGGCUUCGGGGUGCGCCAGAGUGUACCCUACCACCAGGCGGCGCUACUGCGCUCACCCCGCCGCACCUCCCUGGACUCCGGCCACAGCGACCCCCCGACGCCGCCUCCGCCCCUACCCCUACCAGGAGAUGAAGGAGGCAGCCCAGCCUCCGGCUCCCGGGGCGGCUUCGUGCUGGCAGGGCCAGGGGACGCCGAUGGGGCGUCCUCUCGUAAGCGCACCCCAGCGGCAGGUGGGUUCUUCCGCCGCUCACUGCUGCUCAGCGGGCUUCGGGCUGGUGGGCGCCGCAGCUCCCUGGGCAGCAAGAGGGGAUCUCUACGCAGCGAGGUGAGCAGCGAAGUGGGCAGUACAGGACCCCCAGGCUCCGAAGCCAGCGGGCCCCCUAUCCCAGCGCCACCCGCCCUCAUCGAGGGCUCCGCCACUGAGGUGUACGCGGGAGAGUGGCAUGCCGAUCGGCGCAGUGGCUACGGAGUGAGCCAGCGAUCCAACGGGCUGCGUUACGAAGGCGAGUGGCUGGGCAACCGACGGCACGGAUACGGGCGCACCACCCGUCCUGAUGGCUCCCGUGAGGAGGGCAAGUACAAGCGCAACCGGCUUGUGCACGGGGGACGUGUGCGCAGCCUCCUGCCUCUGGCCCUUAGGCGGGGCAAAGUCAAGGAGAAGGUGGACAGGGCUGUCGAAGGUGCCCGCCGAGCUGUGAGCGUUGCCCGCCAGCGCCAGGAAGUCGCUGCUGCCAGGGCAGCAGACGCCCUCCUAAAAGCAGUGGCAGCCAGCAGCGUCGCUGAGAAGGCGGUGGAGGCAGCACGGAUGGCCAAGCUGAUAGCCCAGGACCUACAGCCCAUGUUAGAGGCCCCAGGCCGCAGACCCAGACAAGAUUCGGGAGGUUCUGACACAGAGCCUUUGGAUGAAGACAGCCCCGGGGUAUACGAGAAUGGACUGACCCCCUCGGAGGGCUCUCCGGAACUGCCCAGCAGCCCUGCCUCCUCCCACCAACCUUGGCGAGCCCCUGCCGGCCGGAGCCCACUGCCUCCUGGAGGGACCUGGGGUCCCUUCUCCAGCUCUAAAGCUUGGCCCGAGGAGUGGGGGGGUCCUGGUGAGCAGGCAGAGGAACUAGCUGGCUAUGAGGCUGAGGAUGAGGCUGGCAUGCAGGGUCCCGAACCCAGAGAUGGUUCCCCACUUCUCGGAGGCUGCAGUGACAGUUCCGGAAGUCUUCGAGAGGAGGAAGGGGAAGAUGAGGAACCCUUGCCCCAGCUGAGGGUAGCCCCAGCAUCUGAGCCUGUCACCACGCCAGUUUUGAGGGGCCUGUCUUCAAGGGGUCCUGAUGCUGGUUGCCUGACAGAAGAUUUUGAGGAGCCUGCUGCCACCGAGAGGCCUGCCCAGCCGGGAGCUGCCAACCCCCUGGUGGUGGGAGCCGUGGCCUUGCUGGACCUCAGCCUGGCGUUCCUGUUCUCCCAGCUCCUCACCUGA